GACAAAAGCCGGGAAGAGGCAAAAGCCCUGCCUCCUCAGACCCGUUCUGUUUCUGCGUUGGCUGUUAAGAAGCCGAAACAGCUGGGGCCCAGCUGGGGUUAAGCCAGUGAGUGGCUGUGGCCGUUCCGGGUCAUCGCCAGGGUACAUUCCCCUGCAGGAGAUAAACUGCACUCAGCUGAGUGUGCAAGAUUGGGAAGAAUUGGGGUGAUAAGAAGUUGUAAAGGUAAGACAGCACUUUCUCCCCUUCAUGUCGGCAGUACUGCGUUUCAUCGCUCUUGGAAGUCCUGGAGGUGGUCGGAGGCACUGCAAAGGGCCUGAAGCAGGGAUCGUUCCAACAAUAAAUUGCAAAUGCUUCCUUGUUUCUUUCAGUCUAGAGGCUUCUCUGCAAGACAGUGAUUUUUUUUUUUUUUUUUACCCAGAAAUUAAUGUAGUUCGUUAACUCAGCCGACAAAACAAAACAGUGGCUAAAAGUUUGGGAUCGAUGACAAUAAAGUCAAAGAGGGUGAGCGGCUCUUUUUUUCUUAAACUGCUCUGUAUUAGUCCAGGGUUUAUUUUCUAGCAUUGCACAAGUAUGUCAGGAGAUUGGAAUCCAGCUGCAUUCAGAAUAAGUGAACUAGCCUGUUGGCAAAGGCCUUCCUUCUGAAGUCAAGGUUUGGAUGGAGACAGAAAAUCUGAGGGUCUAGGGUAGAAAGUCAAUUCAGUGGAGUCUAUAGCCCACUCCAUGGGAUUCAAAUCUGGAAGAAGUAAAAUAGUGUUCUACAUUAUAGUAAGUGAGAGUUUAUAAUAAGGCUUUGUUUUUGUUUUUGUUUUUUGUUUUUUGUUUUUAGUUGAAAGAUGGUAAAAAUGUAAUGGAUAAGUCAUUGAAGGAAACCUGCAAGUUUUGAUUAUGCAUUAUGAAGUAUAGAAAGAUUACUGCAGAAAGUGUUUGCUUCAAGUAAAAAAUAUCACUCAGGAUUAAAAUUUCAUGCAUGAUAUAUGACCUUCUAUUAACUGUAUUUGCCAUGAAAGAAAAUUAACCAAGUUAUAACUCUUGCAUAAAACUGUGUGGGAAUAUGGCCUUGGAAAUGUAUCAAAACUAAGAUAAGUUGCUGCCUUUUUGUUUUGUUUUGUUUUGUUUAGCUGUGACAGUGGGAUCAGCACAACCAAAUCAUAUACUUUAAGAUGCACUUGAAAUUAUAAACAAGUAACUGAUGCAUUCACACCAGUUUUGUUCACUUUUCUAAAUUCCAGAUGGUCUACUAAUCAUUAUGUUUUAAAAUUUUCUUUUUUCUGGAGUUCCCGUCGUGGCUCAGUGGUUAACGAGUCCAACUAGGAACCAUGAGGUUGCAGGUUCAAUCUCUGGCCUUGCUCAGUGGGUUAAGGAUCCGGCGUUGCUGUGAGUUGUGGUGUAGGCUGCAGACGUGGCUUGGAUCCGGUGUUCCUGUGGCUCUGGCGUAGGCUGGCAGCUACAGCUCCGAUUAGACCCCUAGUCUGGGAACCUCCUGUAUGCCGAGGGAUCGGCUUUAGAAAAGGCAAAAGAUAAAAAAUAAAAUAAAUAAAUAAGUAAAAAUUUUCUUUUUUCUUUCUUUCUUUCUUUUUUUUUUUUUUUUUUUUUGGUCUUUUUAGAGCUGCACCUGCGGCAUAUGGAGAUUCCCAGACUAGGGGUUGCAUCAGAGCUGGAACUGCUGGCCUAUGCCACAGCAACGCCAGAUCUGAGCUCUGUCUGCAACCCCAGAUCCUUAACCCACUGAGCAAGGCCAGGGAUCGAACCCAUGUCCUCAUGCAUACUAGUCAGGUUCGUUGUCACUGAGCCACAAUGGGAACUCCCAUCUGUCAUUUUUAAAAAGACUUGGGAGUUCUCUGAUAGCCUAGUAGAUUGAGGCUCCGGCGUUCUCACCGCUCUGGCUCUAGUUGCUGCUGUGUGAUGUAGGUUCAGUCCCUGGCCCAGGAAUUCCCACAUACUGCCUGUGUGGAAAAAAAGGAAAAAAAAAAAAACCAAAAAAAAAAAAAAAAAGAGAGAGAGAGAGAGAGAACCUGAAAUAAACAUUGCAACUCUCAUUUAAAAAAAAAUAAAAUAAAAAGACAAUUAUGAGUCGCUAGAAUUUGUUGAAUCUCCUCAAGGAUAGUUGUUUUAACCAAGACAGAUGUGAACGUUCCUGGGCCAGGGAUUGAACCUGCACCAUGGCAGCAUCUCAAGCCGUUAACAGUGACAACGCUGGAUCCUUUAUCCACUGAGCCACCAGGGAACUACCCAAAAAAGCCUCUUAGGAAAGAGGAAAUAGAGCACACAUCCUUCUGCUCAUCUUGAGGGCCCAGUAAAAUGAGGAGUUGGAUAUAGUGUUCAAAUAAACACGAGAGUGAGGAAAUAAUCUCAUUUUAUAAGGUAAACCAACAGUCAAGAAGAAUAUUUACAUCAUUAAGGGUGUGUUACAGGCCCAGGCUCCCCCACACACUGGCCUGGUGGCUUUGGGAAAGCUCCUUUUCUUUUAGCAAGUAAAAUGGGGGUGGGUAGAAUGGAAAAAUAAUUUCCAUCUUAUAGGGUUAUUGUGAGUGCUGACUCAGAAACCACAUAAGCAUGUAACAUAAUGCUUUACACAGAGAACCUGUUCAAUUCUAAUGGUUAAUGUAAUUAUUAUUAGGCUUUUUAUGCAAUCGUGCUAUUAUGAAUUUUGUUCUUUUCUUUUCUUUCUUUCUUUCUUUUUUUUUUUUUUUUUUUUUUUUGCUUUUUAGGGCCACACUUGCAGCAUAGGGAGGUUCCCAGGCUAGGGGUCAAAUCGGAGCUACAGCUGCUGGCCUAUGCCACAGCCACAGCAAUGCAGGAUCUGAGCCUCAUUUAGACCCAUACCACAGCUCAUGGCAACGCCAGAUCCUUAACCCACUGAGCGAGACCAGGGAUCGAACCCGCAACCCCAUGGUUCCUAGUUGGAUUUCGUUUCUGCUGCACCACCCUGGGAACUCCCAUGAAUUCUUCUUUUAGUAGUCCCCAAUUUGUCUUUUGUUUUUACACAGUAAUGAAACAAAUGAUGAGAUAUGUGUCCUGUCUUUUUUCUUCUUCAAGGUUUAUCAAAGCUAAAAUGUCUCAAAAAAUCCAGGGUGGUUCUGUGGUAGAGAUGCAAGGAGAUGAAAUGACUCGAAUCAUUUGGGAGUUGAUUAAAGAGAAACUCAUUUUUCCCUAUGUGGAAUUGGACCUGCACAGCUAUGACUUAGGCAUAGAGAAUCGUGAUGCCACCAAUGACCAGGUCACCAAGGAUGCCGCAGAAGCUAUAAAGAAAUACAACGUUGGUGUCAAGUGUGCCACCAUCACCCCCGAUGAGAAGAGAGUGGAGGAGUUCAAGUUGAAACAAAUGUGGAAAUCACCAAAUGGCACCAUCCGAAAUAUCCUGGGUGGCACUGUCUUUAGGGAAGCUAUUAUCUGCAAAAAUAUUCCUCGGCUUGUGAGCGGUUGGGUAAAACCCAUCAUCAUAGGUCGUCAUGCUUACGGGGAUCAAUACAGGGCAACCGAUUUUGUAGUUCCUGGACCUGGAAAAGUAGAGAUAUCCUACACGCCAAGGGAUGGAUCCCCCAAAAUGACAUAUAUGGUACAUGACUUCACAGACUGUGGUGGUGUUGCCAUGGGGAUGUACAAUCAAGAUAAGUCAAUUGAAGAUUUUGCACACAGUUCUUUCCAGAUGGCUCUGUCCAAGGGUUGGCCUCUGUACCUGAGCACCAAAAAUACCAUCCUGAAGAAAUAUGAUGGACGUUUUAAAGACAUCUUUCAGGAGAUAUAUGACAAGCAGUACAAAUCCCAGUUUGAAGCUCAGAAGAUCUGGUAUGAGCACCGGCUCAUCGAUGACAUGGUGGCCCAAGCUAUGAAAUCGGAGGGCGGCUUCAUCUGGGCCUGUAAAAACUAUGAUGGUGACGUGCAGUCGGACUCUGUGGCCCAAGGUUAUGGCUCUCUUGGCAUGAUGACCAGCGUGCUGAUUUGUCCAGAUGGCAAGACAGUAGAAGCCGAGGCUGCCCAUGGGACUGUAACACGUCACUACCGUAUGUACCAGAAAGGACAGGAGACGUCCACCAAUCCCAUUGCUUCCAUUUUUGCCUGGACCAGAGGCCUAGCCCACAGAGCUAAGCUGGAUAGCAAUAAAGAGCUCAGCAUCUUUGCAAAUGCUUUGGAAGAAGUCUGUAUUGAGACCAUUGAGGCUGGCUUCAUGACCAAGGACUUGGCUGCUUGUAUUAAAGGUUUACCCAACGUGCAACGUUCUGACUACUUGAAUACAUUUGAGUUCAUGGACAAACUCGGAGAAAACUUGAAGAUAAAACUAGCGCAGGCCAAACUCUGAAGUCGUUCCUCGGCUUAGGAGGAGAAGGGUGUUUUUUUGGUAACUAGGCCACUUGGUUUACAUUUUUCUUUAAAACACUCAAGGGUAAAGGCAAAAUCAAUUUUGUAAUUUGUUUAGAAGCCAGAGUUUAUCUUUCCUAUAAGUUUACAGCCUUUUUCUUAUCCAUACAUGUAUGCCACCUUUGUGAAUGUGGCAGGGGACUUUUUAAAUUUUAUUUUCUACGGUCGCCUAGGCAUUGCUUUUAGUGUCCAUAUGCACGCCACUCACUGUCACUUUUUCCUCAUCUCCUGAUGUUAAAUGACCAAAACGAAGAGUGCCUGAGCAGGGUAAACUACAGCCACAGUAUUAUUCGCUAAAAUUGUAUAAAGUAGAAAUUCAUUCCCUUGCCCACUUUCCAUGGCCUGUGGCACUGGGUGGUUUUGACGUCACAGAUGUUUCGUCACGUGAGGUAGAGCCGUCUGUUAAACUUGCAUGAGAUUUGGAAUGCAGGGCCUGGCUGUAACAAAAACAUGUGAAGACACAGUCCUUUUUGUAAGGAGCUCUAACUGAGUAUUUCAAAAAUACUAAAUAUUUUUGAGCAAACUGGAGAAUCCAGAAUAAAUACUACCCGGGGUUUGGCCCCUGUUUAGCUCCUCUUCCUGGCCUCAUGGACAAAGUAUUAUGCUCGCCUGAACAGUGUAUUUUAUCCAAGUGCAAUAAUACAAGCUGCACCUUUUUUUGACUUCUGCUGGCCUGUUCUGUUUCCUUUCUAUAAAUGUGAUUUAUCAGAAGUUGAUUGUAAACACUAUUCUAGUACUGUUCUUCAUCUAGAUGAUCAAUUUUAAUUAAAAUUAAGCACUAAUCA